CCAUGUGUUUGUUCAUGCACAGCUCUUUUUCUGUAAUACAGAGAUAACAGGAGAGUGGAUAAUCCUGACAGGCCUGAGUUAUCUGCCUGCCACUCCUGGCCUGUCUUGGUAUAUACAGGAUGUGUUCACUGACUGAACUGUAGCUUUAACAGAGUUUGAUGGCCUCACAAACAGAGCCCAGCUGAAAAAAAUAAAAACACGUUUCUCAGCAGCACGAUGAGACAAUGACCUGAUCACCAUGAACUUGGAAGGGCUUGAGAUGAUAGCAGUUUUGGUGGUGAUUGUGUUGUUUGUUAAAGUGUUGGAACAGUUUGGUCUGCUGGAAGCAACUGUUGAAGACAGUGUUGAAGAUGAGUUGGAAAUGGCUACCGUCUGCCAUCGCCCUGAGGGGCUGGAGCAGCUUGAGGCACAAACUAAAUUCACAAAGAAAGAGCUCCAGAUCCUCUAUAGGGGUUUUAAAAAUGAAUGUCCCAGUGGCAUAGUUAAUGAAGAGACAUUCAAAGAGAUUUACGCACAGUUUUUUCCCCAAGGAGAUGCAUCCACAUAUGCACAUUUUCUGUUUAAUGCCUUUGACACAGACCACAAUGGUUCAGUGAGUUUUGAGGAUUUUGUUAUGGGCCUUUCUGUUUUACUUCGUGGAACAAUACAGGACAAACUUAAAUGGGCUUUCAAUUUAUACGACAUAAAUAAGGAUGGAUAUGUAACAAAGGAGGAGAUGUUGGACAUAAUGAAAUCUAUUUAUGACAUGAUGGGAAAAUACACUUAUCCUAUUCUCAGAGAGGAAACACCCAGACAACAUGUUGAGAUUUUUUUCCAGGUUUGUGAUGUACAAUUUUAUAGUAAACACAAACAAAAUGCAUAA